UACGUCGACGACAACCCCACAUAAAAAAAAUCCUAUUACUACUACCAUCACCUCAAUCCAUUCACCUACCAACAAAUCUCUGACCGUCGAUUCUGUCUACAAAAACCGGUCCCACCUUAUCACCACCGCCUGUCAUUUCUACAAAUGUCACCCCCAAGUCACUCUAUCAUCCCCCAUGAUACCAAAGCCACUACAACACUCACAGCAAAAACCAGCCUUUAAAUUUCAAUUCACAUAAAUCACAUAAAUUAAAAUAAUUAAAAUUUAAAAAAAAAAAAAAAAAAACAGUUACUAUUAUUCUUCAUCUUCUUCUUCUUUCUUCUUCACUCACUGAAAUGAAACUUUUCAAACUUUCUUAAAAUCGGAAUCAAAUUACAAACCCUAAUUCCCAAAUUUGUGAAAUUUGAAGCUUCAAGAAUGGUUUCUCUUGAAGAAUCACGUUCGAAUUCGAAUCGUUUUCCGUUGCCACGAACCUAUCAGUAUCAUUCCUCCAAAUCGGAGCGUAACAUCGGAAGAUCCAUGCGAACAAGAAGAUCCAGUAUCUUCGAUGAAGAUAAUAGUAGUUGCACGUUUACUGAGAGAUCCACGUGUGUAUCGGAAAAUUUAACCGAUUCCGUCGUCGACCUCCGUCUCGGUGAACUUGCUUCCCGGAAUAACAAAUCCGGGAAAUCCUCUGCAACUGAGCAGGAGCUUCUUGAUUUAUCUCAAGUUUUCAGUGAAUAUUCUGCUUGUAGUAGUGAUAUCUCCGGUGAGCUUCAGCGGUUGGCGACGUUACCGUCGCCGGAAUGUAAUCUGAAGAAUGACGGUGGAUGUGAUGGUAUGGUUGAAGUUGAGCCGGAGCCUUGCAUGGGGUUUUUGCAGAGAGAGAAUUUCUCAACUGAGAUUAUUGAGAGUAUUUCGCCGGAGGAUCUUCAACCGACGGUGAAGCUUUGCAUCGACGGUCUACAAUCUUCUUCAGUUGCCGUGAAGCGUUCCGCGGCGGCGAAACUGAGGUUGUUAGCUAAGAAUCGUGCUGAUAAUAGAGUUCUGAUUUGUGAAUCCGGAGCUGUACCUUUUCUUGUUCCUCUGCUUCGAUGCAGUGAUCCAUGGACGCAAGAACAUGCAGUAACAGCACUUUUGAAUCUUUCACUUCACGAAGAUAACAAGAAACUGAUAUUCAAUGCCGGAGCAGUGAAAUCGUUGAUUUAUGUGUUGAAAACAGGGACAGAGACUUCGAAACAGAACGCAGCUUGUGCACUUUUGAGCUUAGCUUUAGUGGAAGAAAACAAGAGCUCAAUUGGAGCUUCUGGCGCGAUUCCGCCUCUUGUUUCGCUUCUGCUAAACGGUUCAAACAGAGGGAAAAAGGAUGCUUUAACGACACUGUACAAGCUUUGUUCUGUUAAGCAGAAUAAGGAGAGAGCCGUUACUGCCGGUGUGGUGAAGCCGUUGGUUGAGCUUGUUGCUGAGCAAGGGAAUGGUAUGAUGGAGAAAGCAAUGGUGGUGUUGAAUAGCUUGGCAGGAAUUGAAGAAGGAAAGGAAGCUAUUGUUGAAGAAGGUGGAAUAGCUGCUCUUGUUGAAGCCAUUGAAGAUGGGUCUGUGAAAGGAAAGGAAUUUGCGGUUUUAACACUUCUUCAGCUUUGUGCUGAGAGUGUUACAAAUAGAGGGUUACUUGUUAGAGAAGGUGGAAUUCCUCCACUUGUAGCUCUUUCCCAGAAUGGAACUCCUCGAGCUAAGCAUAAGGCUGAGACGCUUCUUCGAUACUUGAGAGAAUCAAGACAAGAAGCAUCAACUUCGACUUCUUAAUGAAGUAAUUGCGAAUUUGGGUUAUUAGUUAGGAAGGUAAUUAUACAAUGUAAUUGAUUAUUGUAUAUAUAAUGGUUUGCCUGGUUUGUACAGUGUGGCAAACAUUCUUGGAAGAAUGUUUAUUGAAGUUAGAAGAAGUUAGCAAUCUAAAAGACUAUAGACUGACCUUUAGAUGCAUGAAUAUAGCUAGGUUUGGUAUUCUGCUUUCCCUUGUAUCAAUUUGUUGUGUUUCCUCGAGUUCCAUGGCAUGGGUUUGGCUUUCACCGAAUCCUCGGCCUCACUGUACGUUAGCUUCGAAGCUAUGUAUUACUUCAACUGCAUGCACGGUGCAUGUUUGCCCAACGCAGUACCAAACACAAGCAUGGUUGUCUUCGAGUUUUGGGCUGAUUAGGUUUUUAAAUUUCUUUCGUAUAGACAACCCUAGUUUUGGGAAAAGGGUUUCUGAUUUCAUCAUUGUAUGUUUUAUCUUCCCACUUGUUGUGAAAGUGCGGAGCUAGUGGCCUAUUUGGAUUAUUUCUUUCUCCAUACUCCAUAGUUCCUUUUAGUUAAAUUGGAGCUUGAGUUUUGUGUAUUUUAUACUGAUGAAUGCAAGCAUAACUGUAAGCCAGUUAGUCAGCUUCAUCUGUUUUGAACUGAAAGUAUGUAACUCUCAACUGAAGUGUGCUGUUUUUGACAA